AUGGCCGAUUUGAGUCCUCCCUACUCCCCACACUCGCCGUCUACAUCAGAAACCUGCGAUCCCCCCUCUCCUAGAUCAGAUUCCUCAUCGUCGCUGGAUCUGCGAACUUCAACAGCCGUGGAAUCGUUGCUGAGUCUCCGAGGUUCCUGUGGCGCUAGCGGCAGUGCCAGAAUGGAGUGUCAGUGGCGGCCUCCUUCGCCCGCUCCGUCCACCUCCAGCGAACGCAGCGUAGCUCCCGGGGCUUCGCCGGUACGUCAGGACGCUACCGCUACACCUCAGCCAUCGUCCGUUCGCCCGGCGUUUCAACCGCCUUCGUCGGCUACGCAUUAUUCCCCACCGCCGCUUUCCCUACCGCCGCCAUUCGGCGGCUACACACUCGGUCCGGACGGACACGUCGUCAACAGCUACCCCCAGCCCUCAUAUUCCCCGCCUAGCAUUCCUGUUAUUCCAAGUGAGAUGAUCCCCAAAUUCAUUCAGUCAGUAAACAACGCCUACAGCCAGCCACCAAUGAGCUUCAAUGGAUCUUUUCUCCCACCUGGUCGAGUUGUACUACUAACACAGUCGAACCAACAGAUGAUAUCUCACCUCCUGCGUACCAAUCAGAUCCCCAUCGUCCCCGUACUAACGACCCCGCCAAACGGUGAAACCACGGCAACAACGACAUCGUCGCCGAUCAACGAUGACACCACUGCGGAAAACACCUCCCCGGUGCCGGUAACUCCACCCGCAACCGCUAUUCCUAUGGAAACUUCGCCCCAGACCACACCCACUUGUAGCCCGACUAAUCCCGCAGCUACGAACACUGCAGAAGAGGAGGAAGACCGCCGGAGACCGUUUCCGUGUCCCCACUGUGCAAAGACGUACAUCAAGAGCUCUCAUCUAAAGGCACACGUUCGAAUACACACCGGCGAGCGACCCUAUAAUUGUGAGUGGAAGGAUUGCGACCGCUGCUUUUGCACGCUCCGACGAACUGGCGCGGCACCGCCGGACCCACACGGGCGAGAAGAAGUACGUGUGUCCGUUGUGCGAUCACCGGUUCAUGAGGAGCGACCACCUCGCAAAACACGCCAAGCGUCACCUUAGCAACAAGCCCCUCCCCGCCUGGCAGCGAGAGGUGGAGAAACUUAGGUUGCUACGGGAACAGUCUGUAGCGUAGAAAUAGCAGUCAUUUUAUGCACAUUUUCACUUCGUCAAAGCAAAAUUUUCAUUAAAAAUGCUUUGUUUGUCCCUCCUGUAAUCAAUGCCAAAUUCAUCCGGUAAUUUUUAUACUUUUAUUAACAUUUUCCAUCCAUUUAUUGUCUCAAUUUAUUGUCAUCGUCACUUGUGAAUGCUUUUUAGUUCAUGUGGGUCAUCAUUUAAACCUUUGUGUGUGCAGAAUACGAUGUAAUGAGCAAUCUUUCUACUAAUGUGAUUUUAGUGCUGUCCAUUUUGUGGGGUGUGCAAUUACCAUGCUAAGACAUGCUCCACACUGGUGUGCAAUUACCAUGAGCUAAGACAUGCUCCAAGGUAGUGCUAUAAUAAU